ACCAAGCUUCUUUUUCCUUUCCAGAAUAAUUUCUUUAUUUCUAGCAACCUAUUUUACUUUUUCAUUUGUCUAAUCUUAUAAUUUUAAUGGUAACAUGUGUGGUGAUUUUUUAUCCUCUUUUUUUAAUUUCCCCAUAUUCACACAAUAUAUAUUUUAAAAUGGGGAAGGAAAAAGAAAGCCCUCCCAACAACUUUAAAACAAUUUUAUAUAAUUUCCCCACCAGAUUCCAACCAUAUACAAUUAAUUAUUUCAGUUAAAUAUUAUUCAUUCAUUUAAUAUUAUUUAAUAGAAAUAAUUUUUUAACACCCUAUUCAAUAUUAUAUCUCCUUUUCCUUAUUAUUUUUUUAAUCUCAAUUUGAGUAAUCUUAGGAAAAGUUAGGAACCCAAUUACCUGUACUACAAAACAAGGAUUCAUUUUAUAAAUUUAGACAUUUUUCAUUUCCUUUGGAAACUCCAAAAAUUCAUAUUUCACUCUUUCUUUCUACAAAAUAUAUUUUUCUUAAAAUCAGAAUAUUAUUUUUCCUCUUUAAAAAUUGUAGAUUUUAUUUCCUCUUCUGUCUCAUUUAACACUGCUAUUUUUUUUAUUAACGAUGAAAUUUAUGCAAAUGGUGCAAAUUUGAAAACUCUAUAGUUCUUGUUUUAUGCUCAGUUUCUCAAGCAUUUAAUUAGUUUUUUUUAGCUUAAAAUUUUCAUCUGUAUUUUUUUUUCGUUUGAAAAAAAAAAAAUUAUUUACCAGUAUUGCAGUGAAGUUUAGAGUGAUUGAACUUGAAGAAAAUAUUCAAAAUAAUGAGAUAUUAGUUAAUUAAUAAGUGUUUGAAAACAUGGAGGCUAGUGGCGGUGUUAGUGGUGGCGUUACGGUGGUUGGAUCGGAUGCUCCGUCGGAGUACCAUGUAGCUCCGAGAAACGACAUCCAAACUCCGACGACCGGAUCGGUAGUUCAGAUUACUGCGGUGGUUCAAGGAGGUGUUCCGCCGCAACCUCCGCCGCACACGGCGGUGUCAACGGCGUCGCCGGCAGUUACACCGGUGCCAGAGAAAAAGAAGAGAGGACGGCCGAGAAAGUAUCCACAAGACGGUUCGGUGACGACGGCGCUGUCUCCAAAGCCGAUAUCUUCGUCUGCUCCAUUGCCGCCGGUGAUCGAUUUCACGGCGGAGAAACGUGCAAAAGUGCGGCCAGUUAGUUCAGUGAGCAAAGCUAAAUUUGAGUUGGAAAAUAUAGGUGAAUGGACCCCUUACUCAGUUGGUUCUAAUUUCACACCCCACAUCAUCACUGUUAAUGCCGGAGAGGAUGUUACUAUGAAGGUAAUAUCAUUUUCUCAGCAAGGGCCUCGAGCUCUAUGCAUUCUUUCAGCAAAUGGUGUAAUAAAAAGUGUCACACUUCGUCAGCCCGAUUCUUCUGGGGGCACAUUGACAUAUGAGGGAUUAUUUGAAAUUCUGUCUUUAUCUGGUUCUUUCACGCCAAAUGAAAGUGGUGGAACGCGAAGCAGAUCAGGUGGCAUGAGUGUUUCUUUAGCAAGUCCUGAUGGACGUGUUGUUGGUGGAGGAGUAGCUGGUCUGUUGGUGGCUGCAAGUCCAGUGCAGGUAGUGGUCGGUAGUUUUAUGGCAGGAAACCAACAUGAGCAGAAGCAAAGAAAUCAGAAACAUGAUAUGAUAUCAACUGUGACUUCUGCUGCUGUUGUUCCAAUCCCGACUCUUGAUCCAAUACCUAUUCUAUCAUCAGUAUCUUCCUUUCGCGGAGAUAAUUGGUCUGCUGUGCAAGCACCGGAUGCAAAGGAUAAGCCUGCUGCUGACAUUAAUGUGUCACUUCCUGUAGGCUAGUUUCAUAAGGAUCUCUUAUAUAUAUGCAUUUAUAUAUUUAGCCGCUGACAACGUUGUAAUGGGAUUUCUUGUUGUUAGCUUGAUUUCUUUAGUUUGUCGUGUUAAGGUUAUUGAACUAUGUAUCGGAACCGGCUUGUUUCCAGUGUUUUAACAGGUUCCUGUCAUUGUAGAGUUUUAGUUAGCUGAUUAGAUAUGGUUUUUAAUGAUAUGAUAUCCUGUCUUGAAUAAUUUAUUUUGAUGUGAUAGUUAUUCAUGAAAA